AUGUCUCCUCCGUCGCCGCAUCUUCCUAUAUUCAAUUUCGAUUUUACGACUGCAACGUCCCACAAGCCGGCACAUUCAUCGCCACUCUCCAGCUCGCCGAUUCGAGCCUCACAAUCAAGUCCGCCCUUGUCACCGCGAGAUCCAAACACCCUCCCAAGACGUGGCUUCUUUUCCUCCCCCAUCAAUCCUGCAGUUUGCAACCAGGAAAAGUCGUCAAAAUGGACCAAGUUCGAGACGCGCGACGCGAAGAAGAACCCGCUCAAUCAGAGCCGUGACAAUGCUGUGGAGGGAAAACGCAAGCUCUUUUUGAAGAACGUACGACAAAGACGAGACGAUCACACAUGGGAGAGGCGAGGCGGAGACCAAGAGAUACUUAGACUGGAAUGGUCCAACCAGGACCGGAAACGACGCCAGCAAAAGGAGAGAGACCUGGAUGGUUUCAUGUUCGAGGAAGACUUCGAAGAGAUCCCAGACAUUUUGCAAUCAAAUUCUGCAACUCGCGAACAGGAUGACAUGAUGGUUGACUCGCAUGCCAUGGACGAAGAGGCCGAGCUGGAAGCCAUGCUCUCCGCUUACGAGGUAGAGAACACUGAGCAAAAGACACACGAGCUUCCCGACUCGUCAUCGUUAUCAGAUGAUGAUUAUGAUAGUAUCUUCAUGGAUCUGCUAUCACAAGACGGACCCCCACCCCAACAAAGCCAGGAAGACCUUGUAAUGUCAGGACAAAUGGAUAUGUCUUAA